AUGUCUCAGGAUGCAAGUGAUGUUCAAACAGAUGAAGACUGCGAGGAGCUGGCUGAGGAAGAUUUCUCUUUGCAAGUUGAUAUCUCAGAAAAGAAAACAUGGAGGAAAAAAUCCUGUGGCAAGCCUUCACAUUCUCCAAGGUCUCCAUACCUCUCCAGUCUGACUUUGAACUCCAGAAGGACUGCAGUGAGAGCCUGGAGACUUCCAAGGAGCUCUUUGGGUGAUACCAGAGGAGACGCUCCUGGGACGGCCGCGCCGGGUCAUUGCACGUCCCUCAGCAACGGUUAUGGUUAUUUUCUGGGUGGAUGUGACCAUAGAGACAAGGAGGACAUGCAUGACGAGAUAAUUCACCUGAAGAAGAGCCUCCAGGCUCAGAACUCUGACAAACUGCAAAUGAAAGCCAAACUGCGACGCCUGGAGGAAGACAUCACCAAAAGAGAGAAACAGAUUGAAGAACUGUUGGAUCCCACAAAAGGAUCUGAAUUCACUCGCAGUUUAGUGGAUAAGAAAAGAGAAGGGAGUGUGGUUCUCAAUGGCCUGAAGCAGAGAAUCCUCAAACUGGAGCAGCAGUGUAGAGAAAAAGAGAACGCCUUAUGUAAACUCCAAAGUGAACUGAGAACCACAAACCUGGAAGAACUAAAGAACAAAGCAAAAACAUACUCUGAGGAGAUACAGAGGCUGCAGAUGCUUCUGGAAACAGCAGAGAAAAGCCGAGCUGAAAGUAAAUGCUCCCAGAGGCAGCAGAAGGCUCUGAACUUCACCGUCCAUCGCCUGUCUGAGGACCUGAAGCAGCUUCAGCAUGAAAACGCAGCGCUUAAAGAAGAGCUCAACACUGACAGCCUCGCCCCUGGACUUAAAGGUUACAGGGAGUGGAGUAAGCAGAGAAUUCUGAGGAGGCUGCUAGAGGUUGAGAAGAGGCUUGAAAAGAGCAGAAGACACGCCCAGUCAGCUGAGUUGAGCAGCCGAUUGGAUCAGGAGAUCCAAAUCCCUCUCGCUGAGAACCCGACGUUCACCAUGGCAACAGAGGCAAGAGUUUCCGUAGGAACCAUCACUGAGGAGUGGGAGGCGAUUGCUGAUCUAAAGGAACGUCUCAACCAAUCAGAGAGGAAGAGAAAAGAGAUGGAGGAGACUUUGGCGAUUAAAGAAGAUGAGCUGACUCAGCUUAAAGCAAAGCAAGAAGAGCUGCAGAAAGAAGCAGAACUUUGGAAAGCUGAGCAGAAAAGUUUACUUGAAAAAGAGAAAGAACAGCACAAGCGGGACUUGGAGCUGUUGCUGGUAAAGAUUCAGACUCUGGAGGAGGAUAGAAGCAAACUUGCACAGGCGGCGCACUCCUGCCCUCCUCCCACAGCUGCAAACAGCCAGGCGGAGGUGGAGAGCUGCAGAGCGGGCCAGGAAGAAGGGAAGCAGAGGGACACAGGAUGUAAAACGGAGGGAUCUGAAAAAGACGAGAAACUGAGCACUAAUGCGAAGAUAAAAGAAGAAGCCGCCGCGGUGAUUCAGGCAAACUGGAGACGGCACAAACAGAGGGAUGCUGUGAUGUUGCAGUCAGCGCUCAGAGGUCAUCUCAUGAGAGCAGCACAGUUGAAGAACCUGCUGAGAGACAAUAGCAAGGCUGGAAGAGAAAGAAACCAUGAAGCCGACUCUGUCACUGUGAUUCAAGCUGCAUUCAAGGGGCAUCUGGCUCGGACUCUUGCGAUGAAGAGCCCAGGGCCUGCAGUGCCUUCUUCUGCGGAGACUAAAGCAAGAGCCGACUUCAGCCGACCCGUAAAACCAGUUCUGAAAGAUCUUCAGCCUGCAGCUGCUUUUGACCACGACCCCCCCACCGAUUCUGAUGACUCAGAUGACAUCAUUGUGUCUCCGUCACGUCCAAUGAGAAGCAGGAACGUCUUGAUGACAUAAAACCUUCAGCUUAUGCAGGUUCUUCAGGGAAGUUUUGUCUAGAAGUGUCAGGUCAUCCCCCAUCCUUUACCUUAAAGAGCAUAAAUGAUUUCCAUCUAUGUGAAUGUGGUCACGCCCCUCCUACAGUAAUAAACAAGAACUUGGAGGCUGAAUUACUUUUUGAAAUGAUGCUCAUUCAGGCACAUAUUUUGAUCUUAAAGCAAUCUCAAAAUACAAUAUCUAUGCACUCUGGAGUGAUGUAUAGCUGCAAGGAGAAUAUUUGUAAAUAAUACUGAUUACUCCUUAACUGCAUUUUUUUUUUUAACCAAAUAGCUCUGUUAAACUAGUGCCAGUCGUUGCUUUAUUUGGCCUUUUAAUUCACUUUAACCUUAGUAAAACACUUUUGUAACCCAUGUGGCCGAAAUCCUUCAACUAUUGUACUUUUGGGUGAAAUUUCAAUGCCUUUCACACCAAUAAAACCUCAAGACACUAAUGCCUAAAAAUGGAAGUGGAUUUUUGAGGUGAUUCCCAGCUGAUGCACUAUGAAGCCAAACUGUGAAUGCAUUUCAGAUGGUUCUGCUGCAAUACUGAAUAAUCAGUGGAGGGAUGGAGAGAUGUGCUUUAAGGUGGAUCACAGGUAUGGAGGGACAGAAUAAAAUGGCAUGUUUCUUCAUUUGUAAACAUUUAUUUCAAAUUUAUUCAAUAAAAUUGCUGAUUUUCAAUACAAAAAA